UGUCUAAUUAGAAUGACGUAUGAUCCCAUCAAACUAUUACUUACGAUUUUCGUCAUUUUAUUUUGAAUUGUUAUUGAACUGAAAAUGAAAAAAAAAAGAAAUUACGAUUGGAGCUUAGUAAUUAUUUUCGACAACAAUAAUUCUACAUAUAUGUUUCGAUUAAGAUAGGAAAUCUGUAAAUAUUAUUUUUUAAUAAUAAAUAAUAAAUAGAUAUCAAGUAUUACUUACAAAUUCUUAUAACUUUUAGUAUAGCUUUAAUUUUUAUAGCCUAAUAGCUAUCUUAGUUAAGAUCUUGAAAUCACAGUAUAUAUAUAGCUAUAAUAUAUCGCUCUAUUCUUCUUGACUUGCUCAAAAAAGUAUCUUGAAAAACAAAAUAAAAAUCGGAAAAUAUAGCUUAUCGUUUUAUGUACAUAAUAAGUAAGUGUUUACGUUUUACUUACAUAAUAAUUAGAGAAGUUUUCGUUACAAAGUUAUUUAAGAAAAGUACCCUGAAAAAAGCAUUUUUCAUAAUAAGAAAAUUUCAAAUUGCCAUCAUUUCUCGAGUAAACCAAUUUAAAGAAAAAAAUUUUAACCAAUUUAAAUUCAAUUUAAAGAAAGAUUUUUAAGAGAAAAAAAAGAAACAGGUAAUGAGUCAAUGAAACAGGUAUAAAAAUAUUUUUAAGGGAUAACCAAACAGGAAGUCGUUGAUGGCUAAGGACUUUUAAAAUAAUUCAAAGAAAUACUUAUAAGAAAAAAAAAGAAUAUAAUUUACAACCUAGGAUAUUAAAAUUUUAAAAAUUGAAACUGUUAAAUUAAAUAAAUUAAAAUAAAAUUUGUAAAUCAUUUGAUAAAUAGAAACUAGAAAUUAAAACUAUUGUAUAAAUGAGUAUACUAAAAUAUCAUCUAGAAUUAGUAAAACGAAAAGUAAGAUUAUUAAAGAAAUUAUAAUUAAAAUAAGGAGUACAAAUUAUUUAAAUUAAGAAUAAAGAAAAUGAAAAGUAUAAUUACUGAGUAAAUUAUAAUCGAAAUGAAAAACAAAAAUUAUUAAAUACAUAAUCAUUCACAUAAAAGGGUGAAAUCAUUAAAAUAGAUAAUAAUUAAAGUUAACUGUAAAACUAACUAAACAAAUAAAAAUUUAAACAAAAGAAUAAAGAUUUUUUUGAAUAGUUAUAAGCAUUAUUAUUAACAAAUAUAGUAACUUAGGUGAAGGGGUCAGUUGUGGAGGGUCAAGAGGGAGUGAUCCGAAGCAAAGGCAACAUAGAAAAUCAUUAAGGAAGGGCUAGUACGGCUCCGAGACAACGAUCUUUUGGAAGCAAGUGGAAAAAUGUUGGUGUAGAAAUCUUCUCUAUCUAGAGAAACGUAGGAACCACUUUUUUUUCCACGAAGACCUGCGACGAAGCCCAAAGGAGAUCAGUUGUGUUUUAAGUCCCAAAACCUUUACACCAUUCUUAGAUCCUUCCACUGAUCCAGAGUCAGUGUAGGCUGGUAGCCACCUACUCCUCAAGGUCAUUGAAUGGUUUAAAAAAGUGGAGGGCAGUUCCUACUCGUACAUUGUUGUUUUGGUUAAAUUGAGGAUAAGGAUUAGAUACAAUGAACUCGAACUAAAAUUACGAAAUAUGCAGAGAGGGAAAGACGACCAGCAGAUCGUACUGCUGGAUAUAAGGGACAGUAAAUUCGACCAAAAGGUUUAUUCUGUUGAAAUACUUCGACAAAAAAGAUCAUUUUGAAGUUGAAAGUUAACUAUCAAAAUUUUUUUCGGAAUGGGCGACUAUUACAGAAUUUCAAAAAAAUUAUUCAUUAUUUCAAGUAUUGGAAUUAUUUUUUCUUCUUUUCUGACAAAUACUUCAGCUGCUGUUAUAAAUAAUAUACAAAAUAGUGAGGUAACGAAGGAAUGUUCGGAUCAAAAUUGUGAAAAGUUGUAUUCAGAACUCUCUAAUCGAAUUAAUGAAAGGUUAAACAAAAAUGCAAGUCCUUGUGACAACAUUCAAGAAUUUGUUUGUGGUCACUCUGACUUUUGGAGCGUUUCAGAAGAAUGGAAUUCCAUUCACGAAGGUUUGCUUCACAAACUUUUAGAAAUGUUAAAGUCACGAAUAAACGAUUUUAUUGACUACAAACCCUUUAAACUCAUUAAUGAUGUGUACAAAACAUGCAUGAGAUACGAAAAUACUGGACAGCAAUCUUUGGAUCUUCUGCGCGAUAUUAUUAAAAAACUAGGCAACUGGCCUCUUUUGGAAGGAGACAAUGGGAAAGAAUCAGAUUUUGAUUGGAUCGACUUUUUUGUCAAAAGCCAUGACAUUGGAUUUAAAUCAUUCCAUUUUUUGACCGUUUGGGACUGGAGCAAAGAUUAUAAAUCAACAGAGUUAAUGCUUUUCCACAUUCCACCUGAUAAUCUAAGCCGUGAAAAUGCAACAUUGAAUAUUUCAAUUCCUGCUUACAAAAAUUACAUUGCAAAAGUAUCUGAAUUACUAGGAAACACACAAAUACCUUCGGAAGAAAUUGAUGAAAUCAUUGCAUUCGAACUUAACAUUUUAAAGUUUUCUUAUACUGCGAGAGAGAUUAUAAGACUACCAUAUUAUGAAUUUAUCAAAAAAUAUCCAUCAACAAAUUGGAGAAAACUUCUUAAGUUUAUUAAAGUUUGUGGUAAUGAAAUACCGAGUCUUUCUAAUUUAAUGAUCUCUGUAACUAAUGACUUCCCGGACUUUGUCAAGUUGAUGGAAAAAACUCCAAAACGUGUCCAAGCAAAUUACGGUGUAUGGAAAAUAAUUCAAGAAACGAUUCCGUAUUUAACAGAUGAGUAUCGUGAGCUGAAACGCGAAUACUGUUCAACCCAACAGUGCAAGAUUGAGAUACGCGCGGAUUAUUGCAGGGAGGUCAUCGAUCAAUAUUUAAAAGCCGCUCUUUCGGUAUUGUACGCUAAAAAUUUUGACAAUGACAUCGAUACGAUUAUUACAGAGAUGAUAGUAAAUAUAAAAGAGCAAUUUGUGAAUUUAAUAAAUGAAUCAACUUGGAUGAACAACGAAACUAAAAAUCAGAGAAUAGAGUUACUUCAAAACAUAACUUUUGUAAUUGGUUAUAAAGAAAGAAAUAAUGAUGAAAUUGUUAAAUAUUACGAAAAUUUCGAAAUUGACACAAAUAAUUAUCUCCAGACAUUAAUAAAUUUAGAAUUAUUCGACCGAGGAUCAAAUACCAAACUAGAUUUUGACGCAAUUAUUGCACAAGGUGAUCGUAUAAGUUCUUCUUAUUGCAAUCAUCGAAAAGUGUUCACCAUACCAAUGAAUAUGCUUCGAGAACCACUUUUCAGUGUUAAUUAUCCAAUGUAUGUAAACUAUGGUCACAUCGGUAAAGAUAUUGCAGCUAUAAUUACUGAAAGUAUUAUUGUCAUGAAAGAAAAAUUAACUGGAGGCAUUAAUUUGACUGAAAUAAAUGAUGAAAAAACUCUUUGCUUUCGUCAACAAGUAGAGAAUUAUACUUCUACCAACGCAAAUAACUCGUUGAACGAAUGGCCAAGCCCUUCUCAACAAAUUAGCAGACACAUCAUUUAUAAAGCAACAUAUCGAGCCUAUCAACAAUGGAUCACAAAAUAUGGAAUUGAACCCUCACUACCUGAAUUACCCUUCUCAAAUAAUCAAAUGUUUUGGAUUAAUUUGAUUCGUUAUCCUUUUUGUUUUCCUCCUUCAGAGUUCUCAAUAGUUAUUGAUAAUAAGUAUUCUCCUUACGUCUUUAAUACAAUGAGAGCUGUAACAAGUGUUUCAGAAUUUUAUAAAGAUUUUAAUUGUCCAGUUGAUAAUUCAUUUAUUAAAAAUUAUGGACCAUCAUGCACUUUCUUCGAAGCUUAA